UUUACAAUAUUUUAUUUGCUAAUUCCAUUGAUACCAAGAAUCUUGGAUGUCGUAAAGCCGCUGAACGAGUCGCGGCCAUUAGUAUUCGUAUUUCCGGUUGAAUAUAGAGUAGAUAAAGAAAAGUACAGUUCAGCAUGGUAUACAUUUUCUAUAAAAACUAGAAGAUUAUUAAGAAUACUUCUUUAUAGAAGUCUUUCUCCAUCUACACUAACGGCUGGAAAGAUGUUUGUUUUAUUGAUAUUCAAUUUUAAGGUGAUGCAAACUGCUAUGUCAUAUUUCACGACCUUUUUAUCCAUAAGAUAG